AUGUCUCUCGGCCGUGGCUGGACCAAGCUUUGGGAUUGCCGGCCAGCUGGACCUGGACCGGGACCUGGUCCCAAACUUCAUCUUCAGCUUCAUCUUACAGACGACAGCCACGGCGCCGACGAAGAAAGCGACGAGGAAAUCGAGGACGAGGACGAGGACAAGGACGAGGACGAGAGCGAAUGUACCCCUCCACCACAUCAGGGCACCUCUCGAGCCAAUACCAAACCUCCUACUGAGAAGUCAUCCCCAAAACACCCUCAAGCACACCUGAUCGGUCCCUACUCACGACCAGUCGCUAUGGCUCCAGCAGUCGCUGUACCGAAUCCCACGGGUCCGCCUCCCUCCUUCAUCAAUGUAUCACAAGUAUACCUCUUCCAGCAACAGCUGCAGAACCAAAUGAUUAUGACAGGGACGAAUCCCACUCGAGAGGAUAACUUCAGACUACAGGGUGUGCAGUGGAUCAACGAAGUCCGAACAGCCUUGCAAUUACCUGUCCGCACAUUUUGCACUGCUGCUCACUACUACCACAAAUUUCGCCUCUCACACAAAGAUAACGAAUAUCAGUUCCAGGAUGCCGCCGCUGCAGCACUGUUGACGGCUUGCAAAAUUGAGGAUACGCUGAAGAAGUCAAAGGAGAUAUUAUGCGCGGCGCAUAACCUGAAGGUUUCUCCUGCAGAUAAUUUGAGCCCAGACGAUGCCACCUUUGACCAACCUUCAAAGAUCAUCAUCGGUCUGGAACGUCUCAUGCUCGAGUCGUCAGAUUUCGACUUCCGCGUUCGAUACCCACAUGUUCAUCUAUUCAAGCUUGCGAACGAGGCUGGUAUCGAGAAGGACCUUACGAGAGUGGCGUACAACAUGAUGAUCGAUCUUUACCGGACUUUUGCGCCCUUGAAGCAGACGUGUUCGACGAUGGCCUUUGCCUGCAUUGAGCUCGCGACUUUACUUCUUCAUAAGCAGCAAACUGCUAUCCGUGGCGAGCGAUCUCCUAAAUACCGCAAGUGGCAUACGUCGAGAAACGAGAUCUUGGAAACUGUCCUCGACUUACUUGACCUCUAUAUCCAUUGGCCAAAGCAAUCGCUUGUCGGCGCUCAUUACAAUGUGGAGCAGUUUAUUCAACUUCGUAUCACUAUCAACAAGGAGAUGGAAGAAUCCUCUCUAAAGCGCUAUACCGAACAACAUGAGAUCCGACGUGUCAACGGCUUGCGACCUAAUAUUAAGACUCCCAAAACUCCAGCUACCCCCGCUAGCCCUACAGAUGUGCGUACUACUGGCCGAGACGUGAAUUCACCGGCAACGCUGAGCCCUCGUUCGUCUGGAUCUGGUAGACGCGGUAUCGGUGGGAGGGGUCAAGAUGGCACGGUUCGUUUCAUGCUUGACUCAGACCAGGCAAAGAGAGAGAAGGACACUACGGCCGAGUACUUCAAAGUCGAGUACGAGGAGUAUGAGAUCGAAGUUGAGGAACCGAUUGAGCCGAAGAAGGAGGAGAGGGGACCGUCGGGGCCAAGACAUGAUCAUCCGAGAAACAAUGGGUUUGGAAGAGGCGGUGGGUUUGAUAGGGGUGGUGGAUUUGAUAGAGGGGGCUAUUAUCACAAUAAGCGGGCAAGGAGGUAG